GGCCGGACGUUUCCAAGCGAGCGCCGGAGCGGGCAGUGAAUCCCGGGACCGGGCACGGGAUCCUCUGGAUUGUUGGGUGGGGGAGAAGCUGCGCUCGGGAAUGUCGCCAGCAGGGGGCGGGUGCCGGAGACAGCCCCCGCCUGUAGGUGCAGCAGCUUGGCUCUGGUCGCAGGAUGGAGCUCAUUUGGGAUUGAGGAUCAAUGGUGUGUGCAGGGGAGACGCAGAGGCGCCGAGUGGGAGCUUCUGGCAUUGCGAUGGCGCCGGUUGCGGCCGUGUUGCUAGUUCUCUGUGUCUGCAAUGCCCUGGCUGCUAUGGACUCCUGCUAUGAGCCGGGGACAGGGGCAGCGCAGAUCUGCAUGCCUGAGUUCUGCAAUGCUGCCUUCGGGAGGACGCUGCUGGCCACCCAUGUGUGCGGCUCUCCCCACCCUGAGGAGUACUGCCUGCAGACCGGGGUGACCGGAGUCACCAAGUCGUGCCACGUCUGCGAUGCCCAGGAUCCCGAGAGGAAUCACAAUGCCAGCUUCCUGAAUGACUUCCACAGCGAGGAGGAGCCCACUUGGUGGCAGAGCCCGUCCAUGCUGCAUGGGGUUCAGUUCCCCAACUCUGUCAACCUGACCCUGCACCUGGGCAAGUCGUUUGAGAUUACCUACGUCCGACUGAAGUUUCACACCAGCAGGCCUGAGAGUUUCGCUAUCUAUAAGAGGACACAUGAGGACGCCCCCUGGACUCCCUACCAGUAUUAUAGCGCUUCGUGUCAGCGGACGUACAACCAUUCGACCGGGACCUUCCUGCGGGCAGGGGAUGAGGAGCGGGUACCGUUCUGCACUGAUGAGUUCAGCGACAUGUCCCCGCUAACGGGAGGGAACGUGGCUUUUUCUACCCUGGAGGGGAGACCGAGUGCAUACAGCUUCGACUCCAGCCCUGUACUGCAGGACUGGGUGACAGCCACUGAUCUGCUCAUUUCCCUGAAGCGACUGAACACAUUUGGCGAUGAUAUCUUCAGGGAUCACCGGGUGCUCCGCUCCUAUUACUACUCCAUCUCCGAUUUCUCUGUGGGUGGCAGGUGUAAAUGCAAUGGCCAUGCCAGUGAGUGUGUGACCAACCAGCAAGGAAGGCUGGUGUGUGACUGUCAGCAUCACACAGCUGGCGUGGACUGCGAGAGGUGCCAACCCUUUUACCACGACAGGCCGUGGGCUCGGGGAUCCUCUGAGGCAGCGAACGAAUGUCUGCCCUGCAACUGCAGCGGGAGAUCGGAGCAGUGUUCCUUCAGCGUGGAUCUGUACCGUCGGACUGGCCACGGGGGACAGUGUCAGAACUGCAGGGGUGACACAGCAGGUCCCCACUGUGAGGCAUGCAAGGAAAAUUUCUACAGGAGGAACGCUGCUGAGGUCUGCGAGUCUUGUAACUGCAGUGCUGUGGGGUCACUGAGUUUACAAUGUGACCACAACGGGGAUUGUGUCUGUAAGGCAACAGUCGCAGGGAAAAAAUGUGACCAGUGCCAGAAGGGCUAUCACUCUCUCUCGGAGGGAGGGUGCAGAAAGUGCGGCUGUUGGCCUGAAGGCAGCAUCGGUGACUGCGAUUCGGCCAACGGAGAAUGUACCUGUAAACGGAACGUGGAGGGAGCCCUGUGCCACAGGUGCAAGUCAGGAACUUUCAAUCUACAAGCCCACAAUCCUCAUGGCUGUAGCAGCUGUUUCUGCUAUGGUCACUCAACGGCCUGUACAUCAGCUUCCCAGUUCACCGUUCAUCGCAUAGUUUCCACCUUCCAGCAAGACACCGAUGGUUGGCAAAGACAGAGCAUGGAUGGAGGGGAGUCUCCACUCUCCUGGGAGAAGGGACGGAUCAGUCUGUUCCCAGAAGCCGGGGAAUGGGAAUAUUUUGUUGCACCAGCAAAGUUCCUCGCGAACCAGCUUCUCAGCUACAGCCAGAAUCUCUCCUUCACCCUCCACGUGGAAAGUGAGGAACUUCCAUCCUUGGCCCUGAUUCUGGAAGGUUCUGGAAUCCAUGUCUCUGCUUCAGUUUCCCCAGAGAUGCAGAACAAGACAUCGUUGUCCCGGGAAUGGGCUGUUAACUUCACGCUACACGAGGCUGGGAUUCAAGGGGAAACCGUUUCCAGUUUCCAGUUUCAGCAGCUGCUCUCCAGCCUCACUGCUGUGAAGCUGGGCAGCAACGGGACCGUUCCUGUCCACCUGACGGGUGUAAACCUGGUGACAGCCCAGGCCGACCUGUCGUCUCGUGCAGCCUGGGUUGAGGAGUGUUUGUGCCCCGAAGGCUACGUUGGGCAGUUCUGUGAGUCGUGCGCCCCGGGCUACAAGCGGGAAGUGCCCUUCGGAGGGCCGUUCAACCCCUGUGUGAGCUGCGCCUGCAACCAGCAUGGAAGCUGCGAGCCUGACUCAGGUAUUUGCGAAUGUGUACACAACACUGUCGGCCCGUCCUGUGAGUACUGUGCGAGCGGAUACUACGGGAACCCCUUCCGGGGCUGGUACAAUGAUUGUGAGCCUUGCCCGUGCCCUGCUCGGUCUAACUGCACCCUUGUGGAGGAGAGAAAUGAAGUGGUCUGUACAGAUUGUCCCAAUGGACAGACAGGCAAGCGUUGUGAAAUGUGUGAUGAUGGUUUCUACGGUGAUCCACUGGGCCUUCGGCAGUUUGUCCGCCCAUGCGCCCGGUGCCAGUGUAACGGGAAUAGCGAUCCCAACGCCGUGGGGAACUGCGACCCGCUGACAGGACGGUGUCUGAAAUGCUUGUUCCACACGGUGGGGCAUUACUGUGACAGGUGUGAGGACGGUUUCUACGGAAACGCUCUGGCCCCCAGCCCAGCCGACAAGUGCCGACCAUGUGCCUGCAGUCCCAUUGGCUCCACCAAUCAGCUUCAGACCUGCGACUCUGGGAGCGGCCAGUGUGAGUGUCUGCCCCAUGUGAUUGGCCGAGAUUGUAGCCAAUGCGAGCCUGGUUACUAUAACCUACAGCCGACAGUGGGAUGCCUCAGCUGUGCCUGCCAUCCCCUGGGAUCGCGGAACGCUUUCUGCCAGAGUCGGACUGGGCAGUGUAAUUGUCGGCCUGGCAUUGAAGGCCGGUCAUGUGACCAAUGCCAACGGGGGUACUUUGACCUCUCUGAGAGGGGCUGUCAAGCGUGUGACUGCUCUCCGCUGGGAUCGGUGGGGAUGCAGUGCCUGGGGAAUGGCUCCUGCGUGUGUAAGACCGGUUUUGUGGGAAGGAGGUGUGAGCAGUGCCAGGAGAAUUAUUACUAUGAGGCCUCGACAUUUCACUGUCAGCUCUGCCCGACCUGUUACCAUCUGGUCCAACUCGAGGUGGAGCGACUGAAAUUCCGGAUGACAGAGCUGGACAAGGAGCUGAGGGUAUUCAGCCAUGACCCCCAGCAGCUGUACCAGCUUUACACCAAUCACCUUCAGUCAUCCCUCCAAGACAUGGAGGCACAGACGAUGCAGGGCUCUGGGGCCCACUUUGUGGGUCUUGUGGCUGAGAUCGAGAUGUCUCUGGCCAGGAUCGGACAGGAGCUGAGUAACAUCAGUCACAGGCUGGACUGUGAGGGCAGUGAGCAUAAACGCUGCAUUGUGGUAGCUGCCAGUGAGAGCAUUGUACACAGCACCCGCACUCAACUCCAAACAGCCAGGGUGACCCUCAACAGCACGAUCCCAUUGCUGAUUCACAGCUCUCUCGCUGAAGAAGGACGAAACUGGACUGGGCUGGUUAAGAAGUCCCGCUCUCUCGCAGGAAGUCAGUUCAGGGUCGCAAUGGAGGUCGAGUCAAUAGCGAGAGAGGCCUUGGCUACAUCGAACCGAAGCUACAUCCUCCUGUCGGGCAUCAUUGCGGAUGACUCUAUCGCCGCCGGCAUCACGGACGCCGAAGAUGGACUUCAGUCGCUGCAGAGUCAGAUGGAGGAGCUGGUAGAGGAGGUGGAUGAGGUGCUAAAGGAGGCAAAGAGAGCGUCUGCUGAGCAAAGCCGAGGGGCAAACUUCACGCUGCCUCGGAACCUCACCGAACUGGAGCCUGAGGGCUGGAACAGUUUCAUCGCUGAAACUGAGAAUUUGGAAAGUGCUCUUCAGGCUGCAGAACAGCAAAUCGAGAAGCUGCUUCUUGAGCUGGAACCGCGAGUCAAGGCCUUUAUGAUGGGAAUGGAAACCAAGGAGACGUUUGAUGAGCUUCUGAGGCGUGUUAAAUUUUCCGAGGCCUCUGCAAGAGAGUCAAUUCAGAAAGUCAGACGCAUCAAAGAGGACGGACUCUCUUUGCUGAAAACUUUGGAAGACAAUAAGAGACUAUUUCCAGCUGGUAAGGUCCGAAGUCAAGGGACCUGGCGGAAGAUGAGUGCGGUCAAGGAGAGGGUGAUGGUGGAGGCGAAGAGAAAGACCUCACUCGCCCGACGAGCAUUGCGAGUCGCCGAAUCGAGCUCUACCAUCAGCAAUACCACAGCCACCAGGGCCUGGCACCUCAGCCGGGGUGUCGCAAAGGAUGCCCAGAAAACCAGGAGUCGGGCCCAAGACCAGGCUGCACAAUCAGGCUUGCUCCGUACUCAGCUGGGCACCAUGCAGGAUCAAUUGGUCGCCCAGGAGCACCAGGCUGCAGCUUUCAAGGUGAAAUUUCAGGAGGAUAGCAAAACAUCUGCCAAGGUCCUUCAUGAAACAGAGGCCAUGGGAAAGAAGGUGACGAAAGCAAAGCAGUCACUCAAUCGUGAUCUGAAGCAGUUAACCAAGUUACUGAAGACGGUCGAGAGCCUUCAGGUUGACCAAGUGACUGAGGAAAUGCUGAACAAAACCGAGGUGGAGAUGGGAGCCCUGAGGUGGGUGAUCGAUCAGAAGCUGGAUCAGAAGCUGCGGGAGCUGGAGGCAGCCUCCGACCUACAGAUCCUGAAGAUGAAAGCUAUAGAAAAGGACAUGGAGGACAUUGAGGCAGAGAAGCUGAGCCUGGAGGACAUAGUUCAGAACCUGCCUCAAGGCUGUUAUAACCGUGUGGGAUUGUAAGAGGGUUAAGGCAGACAGAAGAAGAGUGAGGCGAUCUCUGUGGGUAUUUUUAUGUUACUAUCUCAAGACAUUUGCCAUUGACACUAUAUAACUCUCUUUUACCCAUUUUAACCCAGUUACCUUGCCUCUGUGGCUUGACUAGCUGCGAGUCAGUGCCCAGGUGAAGCCCUCCACUACUUCAUGGUCUGUACCUUCUCAUUGUUUGUUGGAUAUAAAUGGCACCGUUGGAACAGAGAUGGCACCUCAUUGUUCACACACAGACCAGCUGGAGCCUCUCCUGCUCUCACGUUGGACCAGGGAGCUCUGAGACCAUUGUGCUUCAUCAGACUGAUUUUCCAUCAACUGGGUGAGAAGUGAGCCGUCUCUGUCCUCCAGGGCCAGACUGGGUAAGGCUGGCGGAAUGCCUCCUUCCAAAGGGCAUUAAUGAGCCAGGUGGGGUUUCACAGUCAUCCUUACUGAGAGCAGCUUUUUGUUUCAUAUGUCCAGAAUUCCUACCACGCUCAGCAACGGCUUUCCCACCACCAAAUCACCGUGACGUUUUUUGUUUGUAACUUUUUUAAAAUCAUAAUUGAAUGAACUUCCACCAUAAAAUCACUCUGGCUGUUUUUUUUUAAAUGAUUUAACUACCGCCAGUAACCAUGUGUUGAAUAUUUAUGGGCAAAGCAAACCAUUAACAGGGAUGGAGGGGUAGGGAGAGUGGAAUAAUUGUAUUAUCUCCCAAUGGUGCCCACUUCUCUCGAGAGGCAGCGAGAACAUUGGCACACACCAAUCACUCUCAGAAGUAAGUAUUUAACUGAAACCAUGCAAUGCUCACGCUGGGGUUUGAAGCCUCUGAAUUGCCAGCGCAGUAAUAAUCCCACUGUCUGACUCUCCUCACCUACCUUAUUACAAUACAGACCACACUGCUACCUGUAAGCUACUGCUAUCAAUUUUCUCUUGCUGCUCAGUAAGGGUGGGUGGCACCUGUGUCCGACCAUGCAUGGGAAAUGAAGGCAGGAGUUCAGGGAAAACACCACUGUGCAAAUAAUUUUAUUCAAUACAUCUGCCAACAAGGGGUCAGGGGGGACCCUCUCACGGCCAGGGAAACAGUAAUCAGCAAAGCCCGAGAGGAGCAAUGCUUACAUGGGAGAAAGAGUGAAGGUGGGGCGUUGGGGCACCGAUUAAAACCAAGUAGAAGGGUAGGGGAAAAUGAAGGUCUCCACCCCACUGUGGUGCCCACCCGCUCCCUAACGGUGCCGAGACCAUUGAUGGGCACAGUGCAGUUCCUCUCCAAGGACAAAGUGGCUGUGGGACAGGGGCUGGUAAUCGCCUGAAAUGACCCCCCUCCCUGGCCUGCUGCCUGGAUCUGUUCGUAGAAAGAAGGUCCCUUCUAUAAGGUGAUUAGGUACAUUGGAGCAGUAAAUACGAGUUUAACCAGAGAUAACACAGCAUGGAGCUGGAGAAACGCAGCAGGACCCUACAUCAGUCUGACCCAAAACCUCAGCUUUCCUGCUCCUCUGAUGCUGCCUGGCCUGCUGUGUUCCUCCAGCUCCACGCUGUGUUAUCUCUGACUCCAGCAUCGGCAGUUCCUGCUAUCUCCAUCUAACCAGUGCUAUCCUGAGCCUGAAUUCAGAAGAAACAAAUUGAACCUAAAACUUUCAUAUUCCUAACACCGAGUGCUGUAACCGUCAAUACUUACUCACCACAAGCAUGCUGUAUUCAGAGUUUCCGAAAUCUCUCAACAACAGAAGAUAACAACCUCUCAGUCAGGCUGUAGCCCUCAAAGGUUUCACAUUUGCCUCAAAAAUCCUCAUGGCUGAAUCAAACAGCGACUGGUUUUGAUCGAUGGCAAGUUGAGUGAAUGAACCCUCUUUUUAAAGACUAUCACAAUUGCUGACUGUAGGAUCACUCCCUCAAAUUGCCCUCCGAGCCCCUCGCCGCCCCGACUUGGAAAUAUAUCGCCGCCCCUUCACUGUGGCUGGGCCAGAAUCCUGGAAUUCCCUCCCGAAGGCUGUACCGACAGCAUGUGGACAGGACGGCAGCUCCGCACCGCCUUCUUCAGGGUAAUUAGGGACAGGCGAUAAAUGUUUGGCCCCGUCAGCCGUUUAAUUCCCAUGAGUGAACAAAAUAAAGAUGCAGCUGUGUAACCGUGGGCUUUGAGUUGUAAAUGUGAGUUGUUUGCCCCUGCGGUAACCCAGGGAUGUGAAGGAAGCUUUACAACCUUUAUUUUUAUCCCGUUUUUAAGAGUGAUGGGCUUGGACCCCAUCCCAGUGGCCCUAAACUACACAGCAUUGUGCUCUCACUCCUGUGUAAUGGGUACCCAGGGUUACUUUUCAUUUUGAUUUGCUGAGCUGAGGCCUGGUUUUAUUCAAAGCUGACAGUGCAUAAAAUGUAAAGUAAUUUCACUCUUUAAUUAACUCUCGGGCUGUGACAGCAAUUGGAUCCUGGCUUCAGCCACAAAAUAAUAUUUUUCUUGGUAGCAUAUUGGUGCCAUAACAUAACAGUAUCUAGAAGGAACUGACCCACUGCACAUCCCAAAAUAACCAACAACAGUUUUGCAGCCAAUGACAUAUUCUGGCGACUCUCAAGGCCCAUGACGACAGUUGCUUGCAUUUAUGUAGCACCUUUGACAUGCCCCAACGUGCUUUGUAGCACUGACCACCCAACAUGCUUUGAACUUGAGCCACAGAAGGAGAUGGGUGAGCAAAGGAUUGACCAAGAAGGAACCUUAAAGGAGAAGAGAUUUAGGGAGAAAUCCCAGUGACCGAACAAUGUUGCAAAGUCCUAGAGUGAAGCUCAGCAACUAAUUUAAGGUGCCUGAAAUUGCACUUAAUGUUAAUAAUUAACUGGAUAUCAUCAACUGCACUCAUAAACAUAUUGCCUUCAGAUGAUUCCAAGAGAUAUGGACAACAGAUGCAAACAGGCACAGACUGGAAUAACUCAAUAUCAAUGCAACCAUUCAUUAGACAUACUGAAACUAACUUUGACUUCUUGUUCACAUUGCUACAAAGCAAACUCUUGCAAAAAAAAAGACAUUUUUUGGUCAUUUACACUUCCUCUCCCUGCCCAGUUACCGAUCGCAUGUCGGAAAUACAAAUGCAAACUUGUCAUGAAUUUUGCAAGCACUCCAAAAACGGCAAAAGAACUUCUGUUUCUGAGGCAGCUUUCACAUCCUCAGGAAGGUCUGAAACACUUUUGAACCAGUCGGGAACUUCGCCAAGCGUUAUCGCUUUGUCAUGUUAGAAAAUGGUCGUAUUGCUCACAGCUAGCUGUCUCACAAAGUGGUGGAGAAACUCAACAGGUCUGGCAGCAUCAGUGAAGAGAGAGUAAAGUUAAUGGCUUGAGUCUGAUAUGACACUUCCACAGAACAUCCGCAAACAACAACAUGACAAUCCUUUUAGUGAAAGACCGCACUUAAAGUACUGCAUUCAGUUCUGGUCACCACGUUCCAGGAAGGAUGUGGAGGCUUUGGACAGGGUGCAGAAGAGGUUUAGCAGAAUGCUGCCUGGAUUAGAGGGGAUGAGCUACAAGGAAGAAGGGUCCUGACCUGAAAUAUCAGCUUUCCUGCUCCUCUGAUGCUGCCUGGCCUGCUGUGUUCAUCCAGCUCUACACUUCUCUCUGACUCCAGUAUCAGCAGUUCUCACUAUCCCUAGAGAAACUUGGGCUGUUUUCUCUGGAGCAACGGAGACUGAGGGGAGACUUGAUAGAAAUCUAUAAAAUUAUGAUGCAAAGAUAGGAUUGAUAGGGUAGCCCACAAACCCACCAACACACUAAAACAGCAGCUAAUGGACUUAAAAGACCCUAUACAGACAACAAAUAAAACAAAUGUCAUCUACAAAAUACCUUGCAAGAACUUGUGACAAACACUACAUUGGACAAACAGGCAGAAAGCUAGCCACCAGGAUACAUGAACAUCAACUAGCCACAAAACGACAUGACCCACUAUCACUAGUAUCCUUACACACAGAUGAGGAAGGACACCACUUUGGGACAACACAUCCAUCGUAGGACAAGCCAAACAGAGACAUGCAUGAGAAUUCCUAGAAGCAUGGAAUUCCAACCGGAAUUCCAUCAACAAACGCAUUGAUUUGGAGCCCAUGUACCAUCCUCUGAGAAAAAGAACAGGAAAUGACAUCACCAACGCAGAAAAUGACAUCACCAACCCAAGGAAACCUAAACAGAUAAAUAGAAAGCGGGACGUAACACCAGCGCUUCGUCGGAGGCUCACUGAUGAUGUUACCUAGAAUGGUGACGAAACGUCUGAAAACUAACCUUCCAGCUCAGCGGGCAAACUCACAUCCAGAACCUCAACCUGAGCUACAAAUCUUCUCAAAACUCUCAUUGUCACUGCAUUCAGACCUGCGCAGGAAAUCCCACAAUCAUCGCUCGAACACUGUAUCGAAAAUCAAAUUUAUAUGAAUUGAUUGAAAGCAGAGACAUGUUUGUAAGAUAUUUAA